AGGUCUGACCUUCUAAAGAAGGAUCCAGUUGGUCUUCUUCGAAUGGUCCUACAACACGAGGCUUGUGUUACUCUAAGAAAUCCCUUUAUCCAAACUAUUUGUGGAGAUAGAGAAAUCUUAGAAAAAGAUUUAUGUGGUCUUCUUCAAAUAAUUUUACAACACGAGGCUUGCGUUGCACACAGAAAUAACUUUAUCGAGGCUAUUUAUGAAAACGUCGAUAUUUUAAAAAAGGAUUUGGUCAAUAUUCUUCAAGUUAGCUUUGCGAAUAAGGCCUGCAAUACUCUUAAAAACUUGUGCAUUUUAAUUUAUUGUCUAGAUGCCGAGACAUUUUUUGAAUCUCCAUAUUUCUUAAAAUUAAAAAAAUCUCAUAUUAAAGAGAUUUUACUUCAGGAUUACAUUAGUCUAGACGAGAUUCAAAUUUGGAAUUAUUUAUUAAAAUGGGGAGCGGCACAAUCUUCCUUAGAUCUAAAUAAUAGGGACGAAUGGACAGUCGAAGAGUUUCUAAAAUUAAGGGAUAUUUUUCAAGAAUUAAUACCCUUAGUCAGGUGGUUUCAAAUACCCGCGGCCGAAUUUCGAAAAGAAAUGAAAUUAUUUAAAAGUUUACUUUCAGAGGAUUUAUUUCUAGAUGUAAUAGGUUAUAGUUUAGAUCCUAACACGCCACCUAAUACAGUUAUGUUACCAUCAAGAAUUCUUUCAUCGUUAAUUAGCAAAGAUCAAUUUAGAAAAUUGACAGAUAAGAUUAACGAACGUAGCGUAAAAAUAUACGAGGGCUACUUUAAACUUUUAUAUCGCGCUAGUCGAGAUGGUUUUAAAGCCUGCGAUUUUCAUAGGUUAUGUGAUGAUAAAGGUGCAACCGUUUUUAUAGCAAAAUGUCAAGGGCCUGAUGAAUUAAUUGGAGGAUAUAAUCCGUUUAGUUGGAAAUCCUACAGUUUGCGCUCUCAAAAUACCGGCCGCUCUUGGGGAGACACAGCGGAAAGCUUUUUAUUCUCUUUUGAUGGCCUAAAUUUAAAUAACAUUGUUUAUCCUCUCCCCCAGGAUACUCAACACGCCGUUUCGUAUGAUACUAACA